CCUCGCCUAAAUCUAUUCAGCAUAGUCAAUACUCACCGUGCCGCCCAACGUCAAGAUGCCCAAAGUUUACAAGCCCGGAAAAGUCGCCAUCGUCCUGCAGGGCCGCCAGGCAGGCAAGAAGGUCGUCGUUAUUAAACAACUCGAUGAGGGAACCAAGGAGCGACCAUACCCCCAUGCCAUCGUUGCCGGCAUCGAACGCUACCCGCGAAAAGUUACCCGUACUAUGGGCGCCAAGAAACUGAAGCGGAGAAGCCGCGUUAAGCCUUUCAUCAAGGUGAUUAACUACUCGCAUCUGUUUCCCACGCGUUAUGCUCUGGAGUUGGAGAGCUUGAAGAACUCUGUGGCUGCCGAGCACUUCAAGGAGCCAUCACAACGGGAGGAUGCACGGAAGAACAUCAAAAAGUUGUUCGAGGAGCGUUACCAGACUGGAAAGAACAAGUGGUUCUUCCAGGCCCUUCGUUUCUGAUCGCUUAUCUUUUUAUCUGUGGUGCUUGGGAGACGACUUCGCAAAACUACAUGUACACCACAUGUCCAUACAUGACGCAUGCUUUUAUGCACCAUCCAUUGCAUGAUAUUUCUACGUGGAUGUGAUGCUUCCCGGUAUACACGUAACUUGCAAGCUCAACUCGUGCAAGUCGCUAGCUGGUCACUGAAUGCAGCUACAACUGCCUGCUUGUACGAUUCAUGUCGGACUUUGUGAUCGUUCGCCAUCGACUCGGAGUACUUGAGUCUGAUUGAGCCCCUCGUCAUUGAAUAUUGAGGUUGUAGUCACAAGUAGUCAUGCGAGUUGAGGAGCCUUUCUAAGACUUGAGUUGAUCGUAGACAGCUUUCUUGUGCUUUGUGCAUGCACCUCCCA